UUGUCGCAAAGCGGGUGAGACGGAGUCGGUCUCCACACCCGCCCCGGAUUAUCGACCAUCGGCCCUUGUCGGCUCGACAAAUCCUAUACUCAAUACCUUUACAUCACACAUGGCGAGUACUGGACUGGGAGAUGACAGUGUAUUCCCUUGCACCUACACUUCGCACCAUUCUGCAUGGUUUUUUUUAUCGGCAACCGCUUAAGCGAUGUGCCUUGCAAAAUCUUUCACGCGAUAAGACAUACAGCUAGUCUCCACUCCCAUCAUCAACACGGCGCCACACACCGCUUCCAGCUCGCCUUGGUUCCUUACUUACCGUCAUGGCGCCCGAUGACUAUCCCGCUUCAGCAUCUACCAGUAUGAACGCUUCAUUCGACGAAGAUGAUAGAGAGCUGGCCGCCAUGGGCUACGUUCCCUCAUUCAAACGCGAAUUCUCAAAUCUGGCAACCAUUAGUUUUGCGUUUAGUAUCAUGGGUUUAUGUUCGAGUGUAUCGACAACGUUCAACACACCUCUUACAUUGGGCGGCCCUGCCUCUGUGACAUGGUGUUGGAUUAUUGGUGCAGUCAUGUGCUUUACGCUCGGUGCUAGUAUUGCAGAGAUCGUCAGUGCUUAUCCUACGUGUGGUGGUUUGUACACAGCCUCAGCCCAACUCACUCCCAAAAAACAUCGUGCAAAAGUUGGCUGGCUAGUAGGAUGGCUCAAUAUCCUGGGUCAAAUCGCUGGCGUGUCUUCAACCGAGUUUGGUUUAUCCAGGAUGAUCUGGGGUGCUGCCGUGGUUGGGCUAGACGGCAAUUUUGAAAUCACUUCCGGCAAGGUGGUUGGGCUGUUUGUGGGUCUUUUAGUGGUACACGGCAUGCUCAACUCGCUAGCCACGCGUUGGCUUGCACGUCUGUCUGCCUCUUUCGUGUUUGUUAAUUUGGGUGCCACGUUCUUGAUAAUUAUCGUCCUCCUGGCCACAACGCCUCGUGCAGAAAUGCACUCAGCAUCGUAUGUCUUUGGAUCAGCAGGCAUUAUCAACCAAACCGGGCUCGACGGGCAUCCAGGUUGGAACACUGGCCUUGCUUUUCUUUUCGGAUUAUUGAGUGUUCAAUGGACGAUGACGGACUAUGAUGCGACGGCUCAUAUAUCGGAGGAAGUUAAACGCGCUGCCUAUGCAGCUCCCUCCGCGAUCUUCAUUGCUGUUAUCGGAACCGGCCUCAUUGGAUGGCUUUUCAAUAUCGUUCUCGUUCUCUGUUCGGGACCUCUAGCGGAUCUCCCCGGACCUUCUGAAAAUGCAGUCCUCACGAUUAUGACCUUGAGAAUGGGUAAAGCAGGUGCUUUGGUUCUUUGGGUCCUGGUGUGCUUUACUGCCUUCUUUGUUGUACAAACGGCGCUUCAGGCGGCGUCGAGGACGAUUUUUGCGUUUAGUCGCGAUCACGGGCUUCCUGAUAGAGGAUACUUCGGUCACAACUCGACCUUCACCCAAACUCCUAUCCGCGCGAUCGUACUCUCCACGAUCGUUAGCAUCCUCCCUGGUUUAUUAGAAUUCGCAAGCCCGAUCGCGACGUCCGCCAUAUUCUCAUUAACCGCCAUGGCAUUAGAUCUGAGCUAUAUCAUCCCCAUCUUUUUGAGAAGAAUCAACCAGAAUCAUCCAGAGGUCAUGUUCAAACCUGGUCCGUUUUAUAUGGGCGAUGGGAUCCUUGGAUACGGAGCCAACUGUAUAUGUAUAUCGUGGACGUUGUUUGUGUGUGUCAUAUUCUCGUUCCCUACGGUGUUACCUGUUACGCCGGAGAAUAUGAAUUAUGCGUCUGUGAUUACGAUUGGAGUUAUGGUACUCGCGUUUGCAUGGUACAUUAUCGAUGGUCACCGUCAUUAUCACGGACCUCAAUCCAAUGUGCAACAUGCACAAGCAGCGUUAGCGCAGGGAGCUGUGAAAAAAGACUCGUCGAGUGAGAAUCUGAAGGAGCAGGCGUAGGGUUUUUUACGACGGUGGUUUGUGAUUUGUAUGAUCCUUUGAAAUAGAGGAUGUUUUAUGCUAGAACAGAUUCCAAAGUAGCUUUUUUUAACACGUACCUAAAGUUAAAGUAUAAUCAAUAUUUUGGAUAACAA